GCCUCCCAGAGUGCUAGGAUUACAGGCAGCUUUCUAACAUGCAGGUUAGAAAGGGAAGCUGUGGGGUAUGUCAGAGUGACAGGUGCUGGGGCAACCUUGACCAGAGUUGUGACCCAGCCAGGUGUUGGGCCUAGUCCCUCUGGUUGAGUUUUGAGGCCAAGCUGAAGCCAGUGGAGUUAAGGUUAGACUUGACCCCUGUUGUCAACUGCGGCCUGGUCUUUAACCAGUGCCCCCCAGCCAAGGUCCUCAGCUGGGAUCGGCAUGAAUAUUGUUUUAUUUGUGGAGAAACUGAAGCCCAGAGAAGGGGAGCAGCUUGCCUGAGGUCACACAGCAAAGCCAGCACCCAGGCUUCCUUACACUGAGCCUCAGGCCUCCUAUCUCCCAAUUGUCUUGACCUUGAAAGAGGACUCUCCCCUUCUCCCACAUGUGGCUUUUUUCCCAUCCCUUCAGGAACCAUAAAUAUUUGAUCUCAGUCCCUGCCCAGGGAUUUUCCUGUCUUCCAGCUACCUGGAAGGGUUGCUCAUCUUGGCCCCUCCGUGCUUUUUUUCCCAAAGGUACUAGGAUCACUCUGACCCUCAGGCUCCUUUGUGAGUUGUGCAAACCUGUCAGAGAACCCAAAGAGAAGGGGUGAAGAAAUAUGAGGUGCAGCUUCUGGUAAAGGUGGUUCGUGGUGGUAGGCGAGGGAAGAUCUAUUCCUAUUUGUAAUAUUUAUAAUGAAAGAUACUAUAAAUAACCCCCAACAGUAUUUAUUGAGCACUGACCACGUGUCAGGCACAGAUGGAGGCACUGGGGAACCUGUGGUGACCGAGUCUCUCCUCUGGUGGUUCUUCCCGUCUGGUGGAGGAGGUGGACAGAAUGACAAGGACGCAGAUAGGCAGUGUGCUUGUGGAUAGUGUAAUGCUAUGAAUAAAAAUAAAGCGGGUGAGGAAGUGAUGGGGACAGCCUUUUUAGAUAGGGUGGUGUCUUUGUGUUCUUCUAGUGACAGGGAUCUGAGUGCAAGUCAUUUAUUUGGGAGGAGAUCGCAGGAAAUACUUUGUUAGGACGUGUGAGGAGGGAAAGGACUCCCGAAAGUGGCCGUUAUAAAGCACGUACCACUGUAGGCUGCUGCGGCUUAAUCCCGUGCCGGGAACUCUGGGAGGCAUUGUGGAAUGUGCUCCUCAGAGGUGUCCCCCGCACCCUUGUGUGAGGACUGCUGGGACAGGAGAUCUGAGUUCCCCAGUCAGCACGGGCCUGGGCAUCUCCAGCAGGAAGGCCAGAGUGGAGGGUGCUGGCGUCAGGUGGCGUGCAGGGCAAUGGUACACGCAGAGGGGACAAGGGUAGGGCACUGAGCAUCUGGGAAGGCCUCUCUGAGAAGGUGACUUGGAACACUCAGGUCAAUCCCAGGAGGGAGGAAUCUGGGAAGAAUGUUCUAGCCAGAGUGAGCAGCAAGUGCAGGCAGCGCUUACCUAGAGCCUGGGACUCUGCCUCUCACAGGUCUGGUGGCUCCAGGAGGGGCAUGUGGCCUAAAGGAGUUAAAGGUCACUCACUGCCCACUGAGGGUCAGACACCCCUUUUUGAGCAGCCCAGCUCGGUUCUACUUGACCCCUGCCUUGCAUUAGAAGGGGUGAGGGGGGCUGCACGAGGGGGGUGUAGGACUGGAGUCCCAGUGGUAUCAAUUAUGGGCCAUGGUUAGAGUCCUCUGAGCUUCUUCAUCUGUGAAAUGGGAGCGUUGAUACAUCCAGGACUUUUCUCAUAAAGUAUGUAAAUGGCUGUGGACAUGUUAAAGCUUUUUGCACUUGACCAUUGGUAAUGACAGCCGCUCACACCGAGGUGGUACUUGGUAUACACCAGACAAGGUUAUAAGCCCACCACAGGUGUGAACUCAUUUCAGCCUCAGGACAACCCCAUGGGGUCCCUAUUUUAAAAUGAGGCAACUGAGGCUUAAGAAGGUCUGUGAACCUCACAGCCUGGCUCCAGAGCCUGUAGCAUAUUUUUCUCUUACAGUGUAAGUGGGUACUUAGGAUGUAGUAGCUGUUGUAAUUAUCAUUUUAAAAAUUAUUUUCUUUGGAUAGCAGUCUCAAUAGCCUUAACUCCUGAAAUUUGCGUAGCACUUUUCACAUCUGGAAGCUUUUUCUGAGUUGCUCCUGAGGGAGGGUCUGGACCCAUUUGUCAGGUAAAGAGAGUCUGCAACCCAGAGGAGCAGCCACACUCUAGAUCAGGGUAGAGCCUGGCCCCUUCUGAGAUGUCGUUACUCUGUGGCUUCUGAGGCCAUCUCCCCGCCAGGCCGGAGGCCAGGGUCCUGGUCAGAGGGUUCCGCCGCCCGUGGGUUUGGCUGUGGCUCUGAUGUUCCAGACACCGGCCAGGCUGGGUCUCCCAGGACAGCAGAAGGGGCACAGGGGCACCCUGCCCAGCUCUGACUCCUGGGUAGGGGGCCUUAACGAGGAAAGAGCACAAGUUCACAGCUGUACGUUAGCUGGGCAUAUGGUCUGUCCUCAGCUAACUCUGGCACCAGGUCAUCUGUAAAAUUGCAACGUUAAAAUAGCACAGUCAUUACCCACCACAGGGCCAAAAAUAACCAGGACCAGAACAGGGCUGUGGACUCAGGCUUGUAUUUGCCCGAGGCCUCUGGGAGCUCCUGCUGAAGCCUUGGGCUCCUCCUGGGAGGAAGCACGCGGCCUCCAGCCUUGGGGCUGGUGCACAGCCCUGCUGCCUGGCUGCUGAGGAGGCUGGGACGAGCCAGGCGGGCGUGGUGAGCUGCCUGAGAACUGGACGGACACUCGGGAGACUCUGCUUGAGGGGAUGCUCUUCACCCUCAAGUACCUGGGCAUGACGCUGGUGGAGCAGCCCAAGGGCGAGGAGCUGUCGGCCGCCGCUGUCAAGAGGAUCGUGGCCACGGCUAAGGCCAGCGGGAAGAAGCUGCAGAAGGUGACUCUCAAGGUGUCGCCGCGGGGAAUUAUCCUGACUGACCACCUCACCAACCAGCUCAUUGAGAACGUGUCCAUUUACAGGAUCUCCUACUGCACAGCAGACAAGAUGCAUGACAAGGUGUUUGCGUACAUCGCCCAGAGCCAGCACAACGAGAACCUCGAGUGCCACGCCUUCCUCUGCACCAAGCGGAAAAUGGCGCAGGCUGUCACCCUCACCGUAGCCCAGGCCUUCAAAGUCGCUUUUGAGUUUUGGCAGGUGUCCAAGGAAGAGAAAGAGAAGAGGGAGAAAGCCAGCCAAGAGGGAGGGGAUGUCCCAGGGGCCCGCCGCGACAGCACCCCCUCGUUGAAGAGCCUGGUUGCCACUGGGAACCUGCUGGACUUGGAAGAGACGGCCAAGGCCCCCCUGUCCACGGUCAGCGCUAACACCACUAACACGGACGAGGUAGUGCGGCCUCAAGCCUUGAGCAACAGCAGUGUUGUCUGGGAGCUUGAUGACGGCCUAGAUGAAGCAUUCUCCAGGCUUGCCCAGUCUCGGACGAACCCUCAAGUCCUGGACACUGGGCUGACAGCGCAGGACAUUCACUAUGCCCAGUGCCUCUCGCCUGUUGACUGGGACAAGCCUGACAGCGGCCUGACAGAGCAGGAUGACCUCUUCAGCUUCUGAGGACCCAGGGCCAGUAGGACACAGCCAGCCCUGACACGUGAUGGACCAAAGCCACCUGCGGCGGGGGAGCCAGCUCCAGGACCCGCCAGCCACCUCUCCGGGCCCACGGCACCGUCAGCCUGCAGAUCAAAGCUGCAGCCAGUCAAGCAGGGGAAAGAGAUUUUUUUUAAUCCUUGCUAUUUCUCUAAGAACUGAAAGAUGCCUUGAAUAUUUAUUCAGUGACUUCUGGUGUAUGCUCAGAAGCCCGUUUGCGUCAGGCACGGCGCCUGCUGGGUGCCGUGUGCAGGGCCGCGCCCGGCUCCUGCUCUCUCCUCCAGCAAGCUCUGCUCUGGCUGUGGGUGUCAGGACAGUGACCAAAGCAUUUCUUGUCCCUUCUCUCCAAGGACUCAAUUUCCAUGGAGGCAUCCUUGCUCCUUACCGAAAACAGUCAGAUUCUGUCAUCUUUUGAGCACAGGAGGACACCCUCACCCUCAGGAGGGGACUGUCCUCACGCUCAGCUUCCUCAGGGCCUGGCUUACGCCCCUGGACCCUGAGGCUGUCAGAGAUGGGGGCAGCUCCUGACCAAAGACAGCACACAGCUUGGCACUUUAAAGCACACAGCAGGUGUGGCCCCGGGGGCUCCUCCAUGGUGCUGCAGUGACAGAGCUUUCUUUCCGCCCUUCCUUCGCAAAGAAGGGCCCAGAGUCCCUGUGGAUAGUCCCGUCAGUGCUGGGAACCAGUGUAACUGCCUGCCCCCGACUCCCAGAGUCUGACUGUGACCGUGGGGACCCUCUCUGUGGCUGCCCUCUGCCCAGUCCCCAUCCCUACCUUCUCCCCUCCCGCGGGCUGUGCCCACUCUUUUGUUUGUCUGUGUGUCUGCGCAUGAGUGUCUCUGAGCCCCAGCCCCCGUGCUUCUGGGAUGGUGUGUGAAACCUAAUACCUAGGUUCAUUUAGAAAUAUUUUAUGGCCAUUUUACAGAUGAGGAAACUGAGGCCAUAAGCGUGGAAGGGGUAGAGUUGAGAGUAGAACCCAGAUCUGAUGCCAAAGCUGCUUUCUCUGCCUCCACCUCUCACAACUCACACCUCCUUUUUUUUCUAGCUUUGUUGUCCUCCCAGGAACCAAAAAACCCCAGCUAUUUUCUGACCAAAAUGUGUUUCAUAACAAACCAUCUGGUGCCUUUCCACACAGAACUGGCAUAAGCCUCCGUGCCCUGCUAGCUGUCUUGCUGUUGAUUUCCAUAAAAAUGCAAGUGUUUGAAGUCUGCUAAUUCAGAGGGUGAAACAAAAUCAAACUCUGCAAGCAUCACGCUGUUCUCUUUCCUGACACUGUGACCCGGGUCGGGACACAGCAGCAGCAGUCUGUCUUUAGAAUCUCUCUCCUCCCUCCUCUUACCCCGUGGGGCUCCCGGCGUCCUGAAGCCCAGCAAAGCUGUGAGCAUCUUUUCCAUCCUGAGGUGCCUCCCAGUGGCCUGGCUUGGCGGAGCAAGCUUCAUGAGCCCGGGACACACACACAGCAUUCUCAGACUCAGCUUACCUACUAAGCGUGUGAGUCGGAGCACUUUCGAUGGGAGGGGCUGGGGGGCGGGGGAAUUGUCAAGUCUUCAUGAGAACGUGGGUAACUCCUUUCCCCAGCUCUGCAGCCCCCUCCGCCCCAGGCCUCCUUGGUUUCAGCCUCUGCAUUUGCCAUAAGGCACCAGGGCCAGGCAUGACACAGGCCGUCCUUGGUCCCGGGGUGUCGGGGUCCCGAGAAGGACCACUGUGUUUGUGCGAAGGCCACACUGCAGCCUUUGUCUCGGUCUCUCGUCAGUGACCUGUGUGUGUUUCCUGUGCAUCUGCAGAUCGGUUUUAUUGUGCUUUACUCUGUGAUGCUGUAAAGAAAGUUCUAAUGAAAAUAACUAAUAAAUGUUCUUUUUGAAUAUAAGCAGCA